CCAACGAGGAAACUAUUUUUUGGUGCCUGUAAAUGAAAACAACAGGAGGGUUAAGACAUCAUUAGCAGUGACAGAUCACUUCUAUAGAUCACAGAAUGGAUUCUCUGCUUUGUUCUGACCCACAAACACGAAACCUCAUACAGUUUUCCUGUUCGUUGGCUUCUUUGUAUAGGCAUUAAUGCAAAUGAGGUUCUGAAAAUAUCCAAAUCAUAUGCACACAGACCAAUCUGCCCGUCUGAUACACAUUUGCAAACAUUAUGUCCACACCUUGAGAUGGACUCUGAGCCGCAACUGUCAGUUUCACGAGCACAGCCUGAUGCACGUUUCUCUUCAGGGAUUUCUUUGGCGGCCAACACAUGCUGCUGCUGGUGAGCCUACAAGCCGCCGCUCACGUAGAGUCAGAGCGCUAAUGAAUGCCAUUCACUGUGUUAAUGUAAACACAGUGUGUGUGCAAAAGUCCUCCCCCAUCAGAUUCAUUUAAUAGAAACUUUAAAAAACAUAUUUGCUUAUUGAAAUACAGCUUUAAAAUGUGUCCGUGUGCUUGGAGAAAUAAGAGCUCAGUAGUUGAGUCCAGCAGUGGAGCAGAGGGGGGGCAGGGUGUCUUGAGUGUGUGUGUGUUUCCGGCCUCCCACAGGCUGCUCUGUGUGGAUCCAGUCACAACAUCGCUUUAAUUAUAGAGGGUCCAGCAGUGCGGCUGCAUGCCUUGUGUGCCCUGUUCCAUAGAUUUCUAUAUCCUGCCAAUAUUGUUUCAAAAUCCAGCCAGCCGUUAACUGGUUUCAGGUCUAUUCUACAGUCCUAUUCAACACAGCCAAGGACUACACUUUGCCAGCUUCUUCUGCUCCUGCCGAAACCCUUUUUUGUGCCAGGAUUACAAUGUGUCUUUAUAUACUGCCAAGACAUCCAGCUCUUAUUUAUCGCCACUAUUUCCUCAAGUUCUUUAUAUUCGUUCUGAGGUGCAUUUAAAUGCUCUAACAGGUGAAAUCAACCAGUCAUAAUGUUGUUCUGGCUUCCACUCGGAUUCACCGGCUGCUCAGUCGAUUUCAUUUAAAGGGCAGCUAGCCCUGAUGUGUUGUACCCUCAGUGUGAAACAGCUCAGUGUUUAAAUGAGUCUGGCUGCACCGUGUCCUCUGUUUCCCCCCAUCCCCCACCAGCCUUGGGCUUAGGAUGCAGUAAAAAGCAAUGAUACAGUGUGAGGGAACCAGUGUGUGACCAGUAAUAAUGGAGUGCAGUCAAAGAGCAGCCUCUAAAAUGAACCCUGCCACGGUCUGAACCCGUCGGUUUGUUUGUUUUCUGCAGAGGUGUAAUUUAAUAACCAGUGUCGUGGCUUUCGCUGCACACGCGUGGCCACAAAGAGGCGAGCAAUCACUUGUGCGAAAAGGUAUCACUGAUUAAUUGACUUCCUAUAAGCUCCCCCUCCUCCUAGGCAGUUCUCUGUCCUACACCAGCAGCUGAAACAAAGCUCCCCACUCUUCGUUUCUGCCGUGCAAAACAAUAUUGAUGCAGGGAUGCUAAUUCUUUGUUUAUGACGAGACAAUAAGUACACUUGUCGGGACAAAAGGAAUGGCAGUGUUUGGGGUGAAGAGGUCGUGUGGGCAGCACAGCGCACAGCGUUUGCAUUAUGACCGCAUUUAGUCUGCAGGACAAAGGAGUCACAGCUCGAGCACUGACUGGAGUAAACACACAAGCAGCAGAGAGCUAUGUUCCACAGGCGUGUUUUCUUUUCAGCGUUGUGAGCUGAUAAAGCACAAAAUGUGAUGAGAAUGACGACUGGUGUUUAGUCAUGAAGAAAAGUGUCUUAAAAAUGACAUUUUGUCGAAACAUGUCACUAGAAACCAAAUAUAUCGCCGUCAUGCUGAGUCAAGAAGAAAGGUUGAAGGGGUCACCGAAGUCCGUAGGCGUUGUCCUCACCCUGUAAGCCUCUAAAAAUUUCAUGGAAAAUCAUGAAAUAUAACUUCAGAUAUUUCAGCCUGAACCAAAGCAGUAAAUCAUCCGACGCACACCGCUAUGAUAACCUGCUUUUGUGUGAUUUUUCAUCUGCUGUUUUGCACACUGUAGGGGCUGUGUGCAUUUCUACAGGCAGUGUUUGAUUGGCACGCACAUGCAGAUGUACAAAGACGGUGUUCAGGACGUGCAGGAGACUGUGACAGCUGUCUGACAGGUUCUCCAUCACAGUGGGCCUGUAACGUAAAAAGUGUCACCUCAGCAUGAGGACGUGCUCUGUCUUCGGGUAAUGAAGCCUCUUAAUGAGCCUCCAACAAACUGAAGGGCCUUUGUGUGUGUGUGUGUGUGUGUGUGUGUGUGUGUGUGUGUGUUAACCCAUGAAGACAGGCCUGGAUGCGAGUGUCUGCAGAUGUUAGGGCAUGUGUCGGAUGAUGUCGACAUGAGACCGGUGAAAAUUGUCACAGGAUGGCUGAACAAGCAUGUCCAAUUUUACUGUCUUACUGGUGUGUGUGAGUGUCUGUGUGUGUGUGUGUGUGUGUGUGUGUGUGUGUGUGUCUGUGUGCCUGUGUGUCUGUGGUGUGUGUGUGAAAGAUUAAGUGUUAUGUUUCAUCCGUACUCAAACUGCAUUCUUGUGUGUUCCUAUCUGAGUUGUAUGAGCAAGCAGAAAUUGUCUGCAUAUCUGAAUAGCAUGUGUCUGCAUCUGUGUGUGUGUGUGUGUACUCCACCCACAUGAAAGAACACCCCCACCCCCACCCCUCCAACCCUUCACAGAACCUUGAAUUAUUCAUGUUCCAACUGACUGCCUCCCCUGUAAGCCCGCCUGCAUACGAGAGCCCAGUGACAGAUAUGGAUGCUGCACACGGAUGCUUAUCUUUGCUGCCGAGUGGUGACCGGUGAUGGCCACGUUUGUGUUUUAGAAACUAGCCCAGUGCAAAUUUACAUCUAAGUUGUGGCUUUAUCUGUUUCAACAUUGCGUGUUCAGCCAUUUCAGUCGUACUCGUCCCCGUUGUGAGGAAGAAAAUGCGGCAGGAAUUCAAAGAAAAUAACAGCUCCUCUCCUAAAGUAUUCGAAGUGCUCUUCAGAGUUCCCCAUGGGGCCUAAUGCAGGCGCUGGAACAGCAGGUGGGAGAGCUGAGGAUCGACACCGACGACGGCUGCUGUGAUGGAGGUCUAGGAGACGCUGGCGACAGUCGGCCCAGCUCUGGUUUCUAUGAGUCAAGUGAGGGACAGUCACCUAAAGGCAAAUCUUGCUCCACUGAGCCUGCAGAGACCGUCUCCCCCUGGGCUCACACCAACGACAGGCCGAAGUCUGUGGGAGACCCCCUGAUGCUGAAUGGAGAUUUUGAUGUGCCAGCUCCACGCUCCACCCUGCCUCGCUCUUUCUCUGCCCCUUACCCACCUCUGGAGGGGAUCGCUGAGGAGGUCACGGCAGCAGACUCCUGGGAGUGGGACCCCAGCGGAGCAAACCACGGCUGGCAGCAGCAGUCUGCACAGGACCAGGCCACAGAGGAGGGCUACCAGCAGGCUUUGAAGGUGGAGGGUUACAUCCUAGGUCUCAUCCAGCGCCACACCCUCUCUCCACGUCCAUGUCAGCCUCGAACCACCCUGAGCCCUGACCCCUCAUUCUGCAGUGCCUCAGGACACAGCUCCCUACACAGGAGAACUCCUUCUCUAACCUCUGAGCAGCGCCUUCCUGACCCCCAUCUUCAGCCCCACGUUGACCUUUCGGCAAACCCGAAGAGCCAGGCAUGGGGUUGUGACCCCCUAGAGGGGGAGGCCUGUGGUGGAGAGGCCCCUUCCUUGGAGGAGGACUGCUAUUUGGCUCUGCCCUACCCCCAGUCCAGGCCACACUCCCUGGCUGGGAGACUACCAUCACCUCUGCCCUCUCUGGACCCAAACUGUGGUGUUGGGGCUCUUGACCCCUGUUGUGAACCCCCUUCCCCCCAACAUUAUCUACAUCCACAACCCCCUAUUCAUCGCAUGCAAAAUUUAGUAAGUGCUCAAUAUAUCCCUGGACAGGCCUGUCAUGCCCCUGUGCGCUCCCCCAGACACUACCACCCAGAGCAGCCUAAGCCCAGCCGAGUCACCACCUCUCCUGACCAUCCCAACUCCAAGUCCAGAACAUCUAAGAGAAGUCACAAUGAGCGACAGAGGUCUAAGAAAUCAAGCAGCAAAGCCGGUCGAUCCCAGUCAGAAAACAGCCUCCUGGGUCAGCGAGUGCUCCCUGAGAGGAGGUACAGCACCACAGAGAGGCACCAAGGCAGAGGAGAUCCUGCUCAGAACCAAAGCCAGGCCGCUGGACCACAGAUGGGCAACAACAGCCACAAUGGGAGCCGACGCUGGUGCUCCAACCUGGAGCUCAGCCAGGACGAGGGGGAGACCCACGCAGGCCAGGUUCACAGACGACCGCCUCGAAAAUCUCGCCAUGGUCAUUCUUGUUCCCAUUCCCAACCCCAGAGCUACCACCAACAGCAGCGCUGGCACCCAGACUUUCAGGAAAGAGCUCCCCUCUGUCAGGGAGAGGAGGGCUACGCCGCCGCCGCCCCAGCAGAGUCUGAGUCCAGCAUGAGUGAGGUUUAUUCUCCUGCCUCCAGCUCACUGUCCAGCGACUCAGAUGAGAGCGGGGGGCUGGUUUGGCCCCAGCAGUUGCCACCACGUCUUGCUUCUACCUCCUCCUCGUCCUCUCCUUCAUCGCAAGCUAAUGCUAACACCCCAUCCCAACCGAAAGCCUUCGUUAAGAUCAAAGCCUCCCACGCUCUCAAGAAGAAGAUUCUCAGAUUCCGCUCAGGGUCCCUCAAAGUCAUGACGACUGUGUGAGCAAAGGAUCAAACCUGUUUCAAACUGAGAACUCGAACCAUCGUCAGAGCAGCACGGCGACUUUUACUUUAGGCCACAAAUCAAACUUCAAAUAACAGAUCCUGUCUUUAUAUUCAACCUACCUCUAACUGCAGUAUGUUCUUCAGGAGAUGCAUUGAUAUUAAUGAGCACGAUUAAAGAUCUAGUUAGAGAUUCUUUAUCUGACGUGUCUGGUUGACAAGUAGCUGACACUAGACUAAUGGGUGUUAUCUGGUUGUAAUGGAUGAUAAUUGAUGCCAAGCUACACUGUGUUGACACGGAUGGCAUCGAGGCUAAGUGAUUGAAUACGCUGCCAGUUUUUUUCUUAAUGUCUGUUGGCCUUGUAGUUAAUUAAUCAGAGACUUAUGGUUAAUUAAUUCCUAGACUGAAGAGUUGGCAAAGUGCAAGUUCAUGCCACUGUCGUUCAAACGAUUUUAGAUUGUUUUUGAUUGACCAAUACAUCCCCAAAAGCUUCUUUUAUUGCCACAUAUCAGUAUUAUAGAAAUGAGAUUAAAGCACAGACUUCUUUAAGAAUUUUAGGUUCAUUUGCUUUCUCUUUUACAAAUACAACGUAUCCUAAUAAAUUAUACUAUCUAAUUUGACACUAUCAUAAGUAAAGCAGGAUUUUUCUCUGAAGUAAAACCCAAGUCCACUUAUUAUUGGAAGAUUUAUUCCUAAAAUGUCACAUUUUGCAUAAUCAGGUGGCCUGUUUUGCUGACCAACAGUCUUGUCUACAUCAAUUAAAUGAACUGAAAAUGUAGCAAAUGAAUGUUUUUCCAUUCACAUGAGUCAGUACUAAUCUAAAUGGUUCUUUCCAAGAAACAUCUUGGAAGCUAUUCAGAAAUUAUUAAAAUAUUAGCCUGAAAUUACCCCAAAAUUAAAAGAGCACUAACUAAAAUAUUUUGUUGUGUGGCACCAUCAGUGGUUCAUCCUGUAGAAAAGUCUUCCCUUUGUGCUGGAGUUGACAAAUGUGCGUUUACAUUUGGUUACCUUACAGUGUCAAACUAAUGGGCUGAGCAGGGAAUCGGUGUUUAUUUUUAGAAAUGAACAUGCUCGGAUCUGCCUCUGAGCUGAACUGUCCACUACCUCUCUUCUGCAGCCAGCUGGUUUCGGGACCGAUGAGCAUAAAUAACUCUGAGUCAGGGAUGGGUUUAAUGAGGCCAUACUAAGGGAUCAGUGUACAUUCAUGCAUGCGUAUACUUUAUGUUUACAAUUUUAAUAAAACACAGUGACACAAACUAACACACUCUGUAAAUAGAUAUGAUUUUGUAUAUACCAUCAUGUGGCCUUGUUUUGGAAUGAAUGUAACUUGUAAAUAAAGACAAUUUUGUUUCAA